GAGCCGUGGUUUCUUUGUAAAAUGAUGGAGCUGGGUCAGAUGAUUCUGUUUGUUUCCAAUUCUGAAAUUCUACGAACCUAAAAACCUGUGCAAAACUGCUGCACGUUACUUGAUAAACUAGAUGCUUCAGAAGCACUUGCACUGGUGCAGUGGGCCGGAUCUCCUCCCUCGCCCUGGAUUAACAGAGGCCCUUGUUCCUUCUCCCCUCCUCUCACCCGUAUCUUUGCAGGUGUGCAUCCUCGAGUGUGAAGAGAAGGUCUUCCCCAGCCCCCUCUGGACUCCAUGCACCAAGGUCAUGGCCAGGAGCUCUUGGCAGCUCAGCCCUGCCGCCCCAGAGCAUGUGGCGGCUGCUCUCUACCAGCCGAGAGCUUCGGAGAUGCAGCAUCUGCGGCGAAUGCCCCGAGUCCGGAGCCUGUUCCAGGAGCAGGAGGAGCCCGAGCCUGGCAUGGAGGAGGCUGGUGAGAUGGAGCAGAAGCAGCUGCAGAAGAGAUUUGGGGGCUUCACUGGGGCCCGGAAGUCGGCCCGGAAGUUGGCCAAUCAGAAGCGGUUCAGUGAGUUUAUGAGGCAGUACUUGGUCCUGAGCAUGCAGUCCAGCCAGCGCCGGCGCACCCUGCACCAGAAUGGCGUCCAGGUGAUCCCCCAAACAGCAUGUGUCCAGCCCCAGACCUGCCGCCUGGGAAUCAGGAUUCCUUCUUCCCCAAGGCACUGAGCGUCUGCAGAUCUGGCAGGCUUCGUGGCCUCCAGAACCUCCCCGUUUGAUUGUUCCUCCCCAGGCCCCGGCAUGUUUCACCACAACCCUGUUGCUACAUGAGAGUGUAUUUUUGUAAUUCCUCUAGCUACCAUUUCAAUGGCCCCAUCUCUCCUGCUCACCUGCCUCUUCCCCUUUCUAGGGGCAGGUGAAAGGGAUAGGAAAUUGAACCUGGGGUUUUGACUCGCCACUGCCAUAACUUGUUUGUAAAAGAGCUGUUCUUUCCAACUGAUUGUUUUAAACAACGAUUUCUCCAUUAAACUUCUACUGAGCAAACGGUUAA